GGUGGGGCACAGGGCUGGGACAGGUGGGGCUUCCGCGGGGUGCGGCGAGGGCCCUCUGCCUUGUGCGUGGAGCCUCCGCUUCGGCUCCGGCCCGGGGAGGCGGCUCCGGCGGGGCAGGCGGGCUCCACCCCCGGGCCGGCCGCGUGCCCGCGCCUCCCAAUUCCCAGAACCAGGGUGGGGGCUCGAGGGGGUGGUGGCGGCAGCUCCGCUUCCAGCUGGGCGUCUGGGCGCGGGGCCAGGACGGGCGGAGAGCGGCGGCGGCGCUGGGCGGCGGAUCGCGCGCAGGGCGGUGGCCUGGACCGGCCGAGCCAUGGCGGCCCCGGAGCUGGUGCCGAGGCGGAGCCGGGAGCGGGAACGGGAGGACGAGAGUGAGGACGAGAGCGACAUUCUGGAAGAGAGCCCGUGCGGCCGCUGGCAGAAGCGGCGGGAGCAGGUGAAUCAGGGAAACAUGCCGGGGGUCCAGAGCACAUUCCUGGCCAUGGACACUGAGGAGGGGGUGGAGGUGGUGUGGAACGAGCUGCACUUUGCUGACAGGAAGGCCUUCUUGGUCCACGAGGAGAAGAUCCAGACCAUGUUUGAGCAGCUGGCGCUGGUAGACCACCCCAAUAUUGUCAAGCUGCAUAAGUACUGGCUGGACGCCUCAGAGUCUCGAGCGCGGGUCAUCUUCAUCACAGAGUAUGUGUCGUCAGGCAGCCUCAAGCAAUUCCUCAAAAAGACCAAGAAGAACCACAAGGCCAUGAAUGCCAGGGCCUGGAAGCGCUGGUGCACACAGAUCCUGUCUGCGCUCAGCUUCCUGCACGCCUGCAGCCCCCCAAUCAUCCAUGGGAACCUGACCAGCGACACCAUCUUCAUCCAGCACAACGGCCUCAUCAAGAUUGGCUCCGUGUGGCACCGGAUCUUCUCCAACGCACUCCCCGACGAUCUUCGAAGUCCCAUCCGUGUUGAGCGGGAGGAACCUCGGAACCUGCACUUCUUCCCACCAGAGUAUGGAGAGGUUGCUGAUGGCACUGCCGUGGACAUCUUCUCCUUUGGGAUGUGCGCACUAGAGAUGGCUGUGCUGGAGAUCCAGGCCAAUGGGGACACCCGGGUCACAGAGGAGGCCAUCACUCGUGCCAGGCACUCGCUGAGUGACCCCAACAUGCGGGAGUUCAUCCUCUCCUGCCUAGCCCGGGACCCUGCCCGCCGGCCCUCUGCCCACAACCUCCUCUUCCACCGCGUGCUGUUCGAGGUGCACUCGCUGAAGCUCCUGGCUGCCCACUGCUUCAUCCAGCACCAGUACCUCAUGCCUGAGAAUGUGGUGGAGGAAAAGACCAAGGCAAUGGACCCACACGCAGUCCUGGCGGAGAUCCCCCGGCCCCCCUGGCCCCCACUGCAGUGGCGGUACUCAGAAGUCUCCUGCUUAGAGCUUGACAAGUUCCUGGAGGACGUCAGGAAUGGGAUCUACCCGCUGAUGAACUUCGCUGCUGCCCGGCCCCUGGGGCUGCCUCGUGUGCUGGCCCCACCCCCCGAGGAAGCCCCGAAGGCCAAGACCCCAACGCCAGAGCCUUUUGACUCAGAGACCAGAAAGGUGAUCCAGAUGCAGUGUAACCUGGAGAGGAGCGAGGACCAAGCGCGCUGGCACCUCACUCUGCUCCUGGUGCUGGAGGACCGGCUUCAUCGGCAGCUCACCUAUGACCUGCUCCCAACUGACAGUGCCCAAGACCUGGCCGCCGAGCUGGUGCACUACGGCUUCGUCCACGAGGUGAGGUGUGCGGGCUGGGUGCGGCCAGUCUGGGAGGGCGGCAGGGUGGGCCGCGCCCCUCCGUCCCCCAUGCCUCCCUCCCGUCUUGCAGGACGAUCGGCCGAAGCUGGCCGCCUUCCUGGACAGCACCUUCCUCAAGUACCGUGGAGCUCAGCCAUGACCUUGAUUCGCACACCUCAGGGCCCCAAGCCCCCUGGAAGCCAACCUCUUGGCUCCCUGGGGAAGCUUGGCAUUGGCCCCUGCAGUUGGGUGGGGAACCAGGGUCCCUGUCUGCCUGUGUGCCUGCUAGUGAGAACCUCCCCUCUCAUAGCUCCCGCAGCCCUGGGGUGGGGCUGAGGGUGGCGGGGUCGGGCCCACCAGGGGUAAGGGAGCCGGUGCUGGGGGACUGGUUAGCUGCUGCGUGUCCUUAGGAGCAGGAUGUCCCGUGCAGCCAGCUUCCACAAUUUCCUGGCCGUGUGGUCACGGAGGGGCUGCUGCGUGGGGAACCACGCAUAGUGCUGGGGGCUGAGGGGUGGGGGUCAGCCCUGGACAGCUGUGCACCCAGGCAAACGCUCCAUUGCAAGUUGGUGCCACUGACCCACAUGAGGAACCACCACCUUAAACUGAUGGUAAAGCAGCUGCAAGUGACGGGCACCAUGCUGGGCGAGGGGCAUGGCCAUGACCCAGAAGCUCGUGUGGCUCUUGCCCCCUGCCCCCCAUCCAGGGCAGACCCACUUCCGGGCCCCUCUCUGGCUCCUGCAGCCCCCACAAAAAGCUGUUCUCUGUCCGCGUCCCCUGGCCGGAGUGGUCCAUGUCAGAUGCCCUCCCUGCUCCUCCCCAGCUCCCCCCUACUCGUGCUACCUCCCUGGGUCCUGGGGAUAUCAGCUCCCCCUCCAUUUGCAAAUGUAGUUAAUCACUCUUGAACAUUUAAAACCGCAUGUAUAAAUUUAGCACAUUCAGGUUUCUAAGUGUUUGAAAUGUCAAACAAGAAAAGCCUACCACUGUAUUAGUUCUCUGUUGUUGCUGUAGGUUUUUACCACAAACUCAGUGGCUUAAACCAACACAUAUUAGUUCUGUAGGUCAGAAAUCUGGCGCAGAUCCCAUCAGACUAACAACAAGGUUUUGUCGCUCCUUUCUGGAGGUUCUUGGGGAGAAACCGUUUCCUACUCCUUCAGGUUGUUAGCCUUCAGGUGUCAGGAGCACGCGGGGCACUGGGCAGGAAUUCAGUUCCUUGCAGUGAUGGGGCCAAGGCUCCCAUUCCCAUGCUUGCUCCCAUCCUCAGCUUCUGGAGGCUGCCAGAUCCCUUGGCUAAUGACCUCUUCCUCCACCUUCAAAGCCAGAAACAUUGCAUUGAGUCUUUCUCCUGAACUGUGUGUCUGGUUUUCUGCAGCCAGGAAAGCUUCAUGUGGUUAGGUUGGGUCCACCUGGAUAAUCCGGGAUAAUCUCCCAUCUCAUGGUCCUUAAUCUUAAUCAUAUGUGCAAAAUACUUUUCACCAAGUAAAUAAUAUUCCCAGGUUCUGGGGGUUAGGACAUGGAGAUCUUUGUCAUCCCACCUGCCACAUUACCCCAACCAAAACCCCAAACCAACACCCCUUACCAAGACAUGUCAGAUACAUUCCAUGUAAAAAUAUGGUGAAUCUCAAGUUAUUUUAAAUGUUCCAGUACUCUACAAAAUUAUUCAAGUUCUUAACACCUUUCAGUUUAAAGUUACGCUUUAAAAUAACUUACACAUCUACUUGGAAAUCCUGAUGCCAAGCUGUCUGAUUCUGCAUCGUCUGAAACAGUUGGGAGUGUCCAAUGCAUAACAGAUUGUGCCAGAGAUUAAACUGAACUCAAAAGGAUCAGUACUAGCACUGCUCCAUUUAAUGUCUGUUGAGGUUUUCAUUUUAACUUUUAUCUCUUCAAAGUGACAUACCUAUUAUUUUAAAAGUGGAAUUUUUUUAGGCCGAUAAUAAAUAACUAAUAAAUA